AUGGCCCCUCCCCCAAUGCUUUUGCGUCAAGAAUUUGGAGUUUCUGAUUUGUCUGAAGAUGCAGUGAAAAGAAUAGCUGAGAGAAAAGGCUAUGUGCAUGACUUUCUUGACAUUAAUAACAGACCAGUACUCAUUGUGGUGGCAUCCAAGCACCUUCCUGCAGUGCAUGAUGAUCUUGAGAAUGAGAAACUAUGUGUAUUUUUUAUUGAGAAGGCAUUGAGCAAGCUCCUAUCUUGGAAAGAGCAAAUACUAGAAAUAUUUGAUCUCCGGGGCUUUGGCACUGAAAAUGCAGAUAUCAGUUUAACUUUCUUGUUUGAUGUAUUUUACUAUUACUAUCCAAAGCGGUUGGGUGAUGUUCUCUUUGUCGAAGCACCUUUUGUAUGUAAGCCUAUUUGGCAAGUAGCAAAGCCUUUGCUAAAAUCAUGCUCUUCUCUGGUGAAUAUUUGCUCUGUGGAAACUGUCAGGAAAGAAUACUUCACAGAAGAAACCAUACCAAUCAACUUUAGAGACUGA